GGCCGAGGGGGACAAUAUAUCGCUCCGCCUUCAGAAGAAACGCAUCAGCCCUUCUCAUUUUUAACCAACUAUUGGACGGCGGCUCGCUUACAUCGAAGGUCCGCUUGUGAUCUCACACACUCGAGGUACGGCCCGGAUGAUGUGUGAGUGCUGGAGAAACAGAGAGAGUGCGCUAUAGACUGGAGCCGUGAGAGUCCGAUUUUAUGCCGUCUUUUGGAACCUCUACAUAUUUUCUCACUUUGGCUAUACUUAUUCUGUAACUGAAUUGUAUGCAUAUAUUUCGCUCUCAUCCCGAUUGAUGUGGAUUUUGUGAAUUAGAACCCCCGGAAGAACAAUUCUGGAAUAGGCAUCAUGAGUGAAGAACCGAACGUCAACUUCUGUAAAAUGAAACUAGAUGGGGAGUAGGCUACAGGCGUUCUCUAGCGGAUUACAAUUAAACUUUACACUGCGCAUGGAUAAUUAUACACUUUACUUUUCCGGGACUUUAACAAAGCACGGCCCCUCUCCAACAUAUUUUCGUUUCCCUCCCCAAUUAAAAAUUUCCCUUUUGGAUCUAUUACGCACGAGAUACGCAGCCAUACCUCCGAAUCCUGUGACAGUAGUGAUAACUGCAGCUCCCCAACGGGCGCGUUAGUGUCUUCAUCGACUCUUUUGGAUUCUAUUCGCCAGGCAAAGUAGCUCCCAAUCCGGAUACUCAAGAUGUUGACGGCGCACACCAGCCACUUGCUCCACCACCCGGAAUACCUGCAGCCCCUGCAAUCUGCACCAGUGAGCAUUGAGCUGGAUGCCAAGAAGAGUCCCCUGGCCCUGCUGGCUCAGACCUGCUCCCAGAUCGGCAAGCCUGACCCUCCCUCCUCCAAACUAAGCUCUAUCUCUAAUGGCCAUGGUGACCAUGAUGUACACUCCUCUUCCUCCUCCUCCAGUCACAAACUGGGGGAGCACCGGCCCUCACAGGAGGACAAGUCCAGCUUCAAGCCCUAUAACAAAGUAGGGGGAGACAGUCGGAGAGACAGGGUUUGUAGCUCUAAUAACAGUUCUGACAAGACCGGCUUUAGGGUACCUAGUAAUGGGAAUGGAGGAGCUAACAGUAACUUAUCAGGUUCUUGUCCAUCCUUUCCGCCACACGCCAUCUCUCCCAACUCCAGGGUGGGUAGUGGCACGCCUCCUCAGCACACACAGCAGUCGUCACAGACACACAGACAGAGCCAGUCGCCUCACGGACUACAUGUUUCCCACUCUCAGAUUCUGAAUGGAGAACACAAACAGGAACAGAGCAGUCCACACAGGAACAGUAGCAGCAGCAGUGGCGGCCAUCUUAAGAAGGAGUCAGAUGUGAAUAAGAUCAGUUUGGACAGUCCCCAGAUGGCUAACUCCAGCCAUGCCAGAGCCAGCACCAACUCCAGCACAGGCAGCUCUGAGGGAAGCCCCAGCCAUGAGUUGGGCAAGAUGGACUCCCAACCCCCACCACUCAGCCUGGGUCCUGGACACAUCACUCCCAUCUCUCCCUACAAGACUGGCCACUCUGUCUUCCCCCUGUCCUCCUCUGGUAUGGGCUACCAUGGCUCUGUAGUGGGGGCCUAUGCUGGAUAUCCCUCACAGUUUGUCCCAGGGUUGGACCCUACCAAGUCUGGUCUGGGAGGAGGGGGGGUGAGGGUACCGGGGAAGCACCAUAGCUCCAGCCCCCUCACUGGUACCUCUCCCCUCUCCUUCAUGCAGGGCUUGUGCAGGGAUCCGUACUGCCUCAACUACCCUAACUCACCCCACCUGGGGGGGAGCAAUCCCUGCAUCCAUGACCCCUCCUCCUCCAUCAAAUCAGGCUAUCCAGGCUUGGUCUACCCCUCCCACCCCCUCCACUCCCUCCACCCCAGCACUAUGUCUUCCAGCAUCACCCCCACCCUGUCCCACCCCCUCUACACCUACGGCUUCAUGCUCUCCAAUGACCCCAUCCCUCAUGCCUGUAACUGGGUAUCAGCUGGGGGUCCUUGUGAUAAACGCUUCUCCACCUCAGACGAGCUACUAGCCCACCUGCGCACACACACCUCCUUACCUGGAGGGAUGGACAGUAAGUUAUUCUCUGCCUACCCCUCUGUCUCCUCCUCUGCUGCCUCUUGCCACCUCCACCUCCCCCACCAGAGCCAGGCCUCCUUGCAGAACUCAUUCUCCCUCCGGGCUCCUCAUACCCUGGGUCUGGCCCGGUACCACCCCUAUGGUAAGGUCCACCUGCCCCCUGGACCUACCUCCAUCCCCCUGCACUCCCUCCAGGCUGGUUCUCCUUACUACCCCCACUAUGCUCUCUAUAGCCAGAGACUUGGCUCAGCAUCUGCCCUGGGCUACCAGUGAUUCUCCAUCCAUCCACACAGUCUAUAACAGUGUUUCUCCUCAAAUUACUAAGCCAAGGCAGCUCUCCUACUCCUUCCUGCCUCGCUCUGCUGCUCCCUGCCUAAAACUGCUGGAAUCUUUGGAUCCAAUUGAUUUUAAUAGAAAUGUUAUGUAAGCCCUGGAUGAAGGUGUUUCUGGAGCUUCUGCGGGUAGCACAUCUUGCCUAUAUUGGGGCUCACUACUACUCCAAUACCAAAGCAGGAUUCUAUGGAGGAGCCAGAGAAGGGUCUGGAUGCUUGCAUGUCUGCACACUAGGAUGCUGCACUUUAUGAACAAGUGGAUUUGACUGGACCAGUGGACAUGGUGCCAUGUUGGGUUGUAAUAGCAUCACAGACUGGGCUGGCUGAUAGCUGGUGGUAGGAUGCUGUAGAACGCCUCCUGGAUCUCUUCAUGUCAAGUUGGGAAUAGUGAUUGCAGUGGAAAGACAGGAGAGGAGAUAGUGAUGGCAUUAACCUAUAGCACUAUGGGGGGGGGGGAUCGGAUGCAUGCUAGCUUGACCCUGAGUUUGUGAGUUUAGCUCGGUUAUGGUUUUGAGAUUUGAUUCAGUUUCAUACAUUUUGCUUCUGCUUUGACUGAAAAUAGAAAUUGUAUUUAUUUUUUAACUGAGUGCUUUGGCUUUCAAGUUUACUUUCCAAAACAUACAUUUGAACUUUUCUUCUUCUUAUUUUGCAGUUAUACAGUUAUCAUUUUAUCUAUUAUGAACAGGAUCUGUUUAAAAUGAUAACAUUCACUCAUGCAAACUUCACAACAAAGUAUAUUUUCUUCUCCUUACAAAAAUAUGUGGUUUUCUUGUUUUCCUAUCCUUCUCUGAUUGAAUGUGCAUGUCACAUGUCUUUCUCUCCCUCUCUGGCUUCCUAAUUGUUGUUUGUAAAGCAGAUUAAUAGUGAAAGGAAAUGUGAUAUUUUUUGUAAAGUAUUUGGCAGAAUGACCUGGGUAAGAGAGCGAUACGAACCCAAACACAGGAAGCAAAGAUUGUGUGAUGGCAGAGCUGUCCGAUUUAAAGGCAAGGUCAUAUUUUGUUUAAUAAAUGAUAAUGAAUAUA